AUGGGCGCAUUGUUGUCGCUACCGCUGCUGGCGGUCCCAAGCAUGGGAACUCUCAUGACCUUUGCAGCGAGUUGCUGUGGUGCCGCAACAUGUAGCGCCGUUUGCUCAGCCUGCGGGAAAUGCAACAACUCGAUCGCAACCCGAAUCGCCUACGCCCUCAUCCUUCUCCUCAACUCCCUCCUCUCAUGGGUCAUGCUCACACCAUGGGCCAUUAAAAAACUGCAGAAGGUACUCCUCGACUAUGUCACGAUCAACUGUUUCUCCCACGAAUGUUUCGGCUUCGCUGCUGUCCACCGAAUCAACUUUGCCCUCGGCCUCUUCCACGCUUUCCAUGCCGUCUUACUGCUGGGAGUGAGCAGCUCGAAAGAUAAGCGCGCAGCACUGCAGAACGGAUACUGGGGACCGAAGUUGAUUGUAUGGCUGGGCCUGAUCGUGCUGAGCUUCCUGAUACCAAAUGAGUUCUUCGAGGUCUGGGGUAACUAUGCCGCGUUGGUGGGUGCCAUAUUGUUCUUGCUGCUUGGAUUGGUUCUACUGGUCGACUUGGCGCAUACCUUUGCAGAAUAUUGCAUCGAGAAGAUUGACGAUACAGAUUCUGGUCUUUGGAGAGGUCUUUUGAUUGGAUCGACCAUGGGCAUGUACUUGGGCAGCUUGGCCAUGACCAUCGUCAUGUACAUCUACUUUGCCAACAGUGGAUGCUCCAUGAAUCAGGCAGCCAUCACACUCAACCUGAUCUUCUUCAUCGGAGUCAGCGUCAUCUCAAUCCACCCCAGCAUCCAGGCUGUCAACCCACGUGCGGGUCUAGCUCAAGCAGCCAUCGUGUCGAUCUACUGCACAUAUCUCACACUUAGUGCGGUAGCCAUGGAGCCGGAUGACAAGCAAUGCAAUCCUCUGGUCCGCGCGACGGGCACACGAAAGGCCAGCAUCGUCAUUGGUGCUGUUGUUACCUUCAUCACAUGUGCCUACACCACAACAAGAGCUGCAACGCUCGGCCUUGCACUUGGCACCGGAAAGCCAGGCUAUCAAUCAGUAGCAUUGGAUGAUGAGACAGGCCAUGGCCUGGUUGAUACCCAGCCCGAGAGCCGACGCGAGAUGCGACAGGAAGCACUUCGCCGCGCGGUCGAGUCUGGCGCGCUGCCAGCAUCAGCACUGGACGAAAGUGACGAUGAAGACGACGACGUUGACACAGGGAAGCUCAAGAACGACGAUGAGAAGCAAAGGACGCAGUACAAUUACUCGCUGUUCCACAUCAUCUUCAUGCUUGCGACCGCAUGGGUAGCCACACUACUCACACAGAACAUCGGUGGUGACCAACCUCUCGAUCAGCGGGGUGACGAUUUCCAGCCGGUCGGUCGCACAUACUGGGCCAGCUGGGUGAAGAUCGUGAGCGCAUGGGUGUGCUACGGUAUUUUUGGUUGGACCCUGGCCGCUCCCGUCAUUCUGCCGGACAGGUUUGAUUACUCUUGA